AAUGUGCCCGUAUAGUAGGCACACCUUGCAGUUAUGAAAACAAAGCAGGUUCAGACACAGUGGGCUGAUUCUCUCCAGCAUUUCUCCUAGGUAAGUUGCCCUCACCCUCACCUCUUCCCCCUGUAAAUAGGCUAUAAUGCUGCUGUUCUGAAUCUGGGCUUAUUUGGGCUGUGCCUCACACAGGAGAAGAGAUGUGGUGUUGAAGCCAAGCCCAGUCCUUUUUCUGUGGGUGAAUUUUGAUAUCUAAGUCUGCUGUGCCUUCUCCAAGUCACUAUAUCUACCAGGUGAUCUUGACUGUCUCUUCCAGAUUUUUGGUUGAAUGGGCUAAACUCUGCAAAAUAGAUGCUUUGAGUUAAUUUAAAGCUCUUCAAAUGCAUAUAUUUCACUAGAUCAGAAAGAGAGGUGCUGACCAGGACAGGCUUGAUGAGUGUGGUAUGUGGCCAGAGUGAGGGAAUUCCUGCAGGAGGAUUGAUGUCUUGCUUUGCUUAGUGUGCACUUCCAUGCCUGUUUCUCAUUUCUUAGGUCGAUUCUGAGAAGCUAAGCAACCUCCCUCCCUUCUGAUCAGAUUCUUUUUAAGUGAAGCUCAUUCUGUCUCUGAGGACCAGAUCUCACCCAUGACUGGGAAGCAAAGAGUACCCAGGAAAGCACUUUUACCACGGACUCCACCUCAGGAGCACCAGGAACUCAUCUUCUAAAUAGAAUCUGUGCCCCUUCCGUGCAGACCCAAUGUCUGCUGCAAUGGAUACAGAAUCAACAUAUUCGGGAUACUCCCACUACUCAGGUCACUCCAAAAAAGCUCACAGACAAGGGAGCCGCGACAGACACAAAUCUCCCCGAAGCAAAGAUGGCAGUCGGUCUGAGAAGUCUGUCACUAUCCAGACACCUCCUGCAGAGCCACUGCUUGGGAAUGACGCCUCUCGGACAGAGGAGGGCCAGGAUGACAACUGGGGUGAGACCACGACGGCAAUCACAGGCACCUCUGAGCACAGUAUUUCCCAGGAGGACAUUGCCCGGAUCAGUAAGGAUCUGGAAGACAGUGUUGGGUUGGACUGCAGACGUUACCUGGGCUUAACAGUGGCAGCUGUUCUUGGACUCCUAGUCUUCCUUACCCCCAUUGCCUUCAUUCUCUUACCCCAGAUCCUGUGGCGAGAUGAUCUGGAGCCGUGUGGUACUGUCUGUGAGGGACUGUUCAUCUCUGUGGCGUUUAAACUCCUCAUUCUCCUGAUUGGGACCUGGGCUCUUUUCUUCCGCCAACCCAAGGCAGACCUACCAAGGGUGUUUAUGUUUCGGGCCCUUCUGCUGGUCCUCAUAUUCCUCUUUGUGUUUUCCUACUGGCUCUUUUAUGGUGUUCGCAUCUUGGACUCAAAGGACACCAACUACCAAGGAAUAGUGCAGUAUGCCGUGUCUCUGGUGGAUGCCCUGCUCUUCAUCCACUACCUGGCCAUUGUGCUGCUGGAGCUGCGGCAGCUGCAGCCCAUGUUCACCAUCAAGGUGGUUCGCUCUACGGACGGGGAGUCGCGAUACUAUAGCUUGGGACACUUGAGCAUCCAACGAGCUGCACUGGUGGUUCUGGAAAAUUACUACCGAGAUUUUACAGUCUACAACCCAGCCUUGUUAACAGCCUCCAAAUCCCGAGCAGCCAAGCACAUGGCUGGCCUGAAAGUCUACAAUGUUGAUGGCCCAGGUAACAACGCGUCGGGGCAGUCCCGGGCCAUGAUCGCGGCUGCCGCCCGGCGCAGGGACUCCAGCCACAAUGAGCUCUACUACGAGGAGGCCGACCACGAGCGCCGUGUGAAGAAACGCCGGGCAAGGCUCGUAGUUGCGGUAGAAGAGGCUUUCACUCACAUCAAACGCCUCCAGGCAGAGGAACAGCAGAAAUCUCCAGGAGAGAUGAUGGACCCCCGAGAGGCAGCCCAGGCCAUCUUCCCCUCCAUGGCAAGAGCUCUGCAGAAGUACCUUCGCACCACGUGCCAGCAGCAGUACCACAGCAUGGAGAGCAUCUUGCAACACUUGUCCUUCUGCAUCACCAACAACAUGACACCAAAGGCAUUCCUGGAGCGUUACCUCAGCCCAGGCCCAACCCUCCAGUAUGACAGGGAUCGCUGGUUCUCCAAGCAGUGGACACUGGUCAGCGAGGAAGCAGUCACAAGCGGGUUACAAGACGGCGUUGUGUUUGUCCUCAAGUGCUUGGACUUCAGCCUUGUUGUUAAUGUGAAAAAAAUCCCCUUUAUCAAACUCUCAGAAGAGUUCAUAGACCCUAAAUCUCAUAAAUUCGUCCUCCGCUUACAGUCAGAGACUUCAGUCUAAGGGAUUUUGGGGGUGGGUUGUUGGGAGAUUUUAUUUUAUUUUUUUUCAAUAUUAUGCUUUUGGGUUUAAUUUCCCCAAUGCUGACUGAAACUGGCAGAUGAUGGACCAGUAAUAUUUGACCAUCUGCACUUUAUUUGGAAACAGGAGGGGGGAGUAAGGAUAUCUUAUGUAGAAAGAAGCAUCUUAAGAGGCAACAGGGUGACUUGGCUCAGUUAGCUCAGCCUUGGAGACAGAACAGAUUUUUUUCUUUGCCCCUCUUUCCAGGCAUCCUGUAAAUCUCACGCUCUUUUUCUCUGCACAGCUGUGGUGUCAGAGUUGUUGUUGGAGCGCUGCCUUACACCACGCACGCCUGCACUCUUGUGUCUCUGCUUUUGCCACCUGUGGUUGCUCCUGAGGGCUCAUUGCUCACCUGUUCCUCACAGAAACCUCCUGGCACAGGGUGCUACAGUCCCUGCUCACUUGGGGAGGAGGGAAUGUCAAAUGGUGGGGGUGUGAGGGGACUUUUUAUACUUUCGCCGCCUUCUCCUCCUCUCCAUGUGCCUCUUGUGUCUGUGCCGGACCUAUGGGCACAAUGGGAUGGUUUCACCCUCUGUGAAAUUGCUUGUCUUGAACUGGAUCAGCGCAUUUGCAGCUCUUCAAUUUUUUAUUUUUCCUUAAUCAGUGCUUGUUAGUGAUGUUGUUCUGCAUGUCACAGCUCCUUGUUAUCUCUCCCCUGCUUCUCUCUGUCCUGCUUGUCAGCAUCUUUCUCAGGCACGCCCAAGGCUUCCUGUUUCUGUCUCCUCUGUCUGGCUUUCUGAAUGUGUUUCUCCGGGCACUGCCACUUCCUUUUGUACCUGCAAGGGCUGCGUAUUUGCACAGGGACAGGAUCAGUAAGUAGCUGGCUCCUCCUAAAAUAAAUCACAGACCCCUCCCUACGUUUGACAGCCUCUUUGAGGGGAAGGAGGUGCAGGCAGGAAUGUGCCCCCCCUCUAGCCAGCUUCAAGUUCAUCUGGAGAAAAAGGCAAAAACAAUUCCCUCCUUCAGGAGAGGAGCCAGGGGAAAGGCUGACCUCUGCCCCAUUCACUUGCUUUGGAGAACUGUUGUGCUCUGGAAACACUGCAGUGAGUCCUUCCCCACCGUACACCUUCAGCUGUAGCUAAGAAAUAUCAAACGAUGCCUGAAUGUUGAAAAUCUGCCUGCCUUUCUUAGCCUUGCUGUACUGUGGGAGUUU